CAUCCGACUAAAUAUAUAUUCAAUUCAGAGAGUUCAUACAAAUUAAAUGGCAGAUAUUGGAAAUAAGAGCAGAGAUGGAAGGUGGUCUCUUAAGGGCAUGAAUGCCCUAGUAACCGGAGGCACCCAAGGCAUUGGGUAUGCUAUAGUGGAGGAAUUGGCCAGUUUUGGGGCGACCAUCUAUACAUGCACACUUCGUCAGGAGGAUCUCAAUAAAUGCUUACAUGAAUGGAAGAUUAAGGGUUACAAAGUAACUGGUUCAGUAAGAUUAAGGAUUACAAAGUAACUGGUUCAGUAUGUGACUUAUCAUCCAGGUCCGAAACCCAACAACUUAUGGAGAAAGUUGCAAAUUAUUUUAAUGGGAAGCUCCACAUUCUUGUGAAUAAUGCUGCAACAGUUAUUACAAAGCAAAUUACUGAUUUCACUGCGGAGGAUUACUCAGUGAUUAUGAGUACUAAUUUUGAGGCACCCUACCACCUUUCUCAACUUUCACACCCUCUUCUAAAGGCAACUGGACAGGGAAGCAUUGUGUUUGUCUCUUCUAUUUCUGGGCAGUAUGGGGUGCCUUAUGUUUCUCUCUACUCUGGAUCCAAAGGAUAUGCAGUUUUAAAAGGGGCGAAUACCUCACAAUUUGAACAUUUGAAUUAUCUUGGCUCCUUAUGAAAUGAUAGUGUCCAAAAGCUAUGAUUUUUCUCAUUUUUUGCUUAUUUCCGUUUGAAUUAUUAUUUAUUGUUUUAAAUAUUUUUUAUUUUUAUUAUUAAUAUAAUGUAAUAAUAAUAAUGGUUUGACAUAAAAAAUUAAAUUUAAAUAAAAAAUACUCCAUAAUAAAAUAAGUAUCACAACAACUAACAAAAUAUUAUGAAGCCAAAUACCUCACAAUUUGAAUAUUAUGAAGCCAAAAACCUUGUGGUCUAGUGGCACCCGGUGUCCUAGUUUACACUCCCACAUGAAUGAUGGGAGUGGGUUGACUCCUUGUACUCUGAUUCAGUAGCUUGAGAAAGUAGAGAAAAAAAAAACAGCUAUUACGAA